AUGGCACCCAAGCGUCCCGGAGACCUGAUCCCAAACCCGUCCAUCAAGAAACGCAAUCUCCAGUGGAAACUCUCUCCGCCCAACACCCCCGGGUCGUCCUCGCCCCCCAACGGCCCAUCAUCUACAAAACGCAACACCAGCCCCAAAUCAUGGCCGCCCACAACAGCGGCCAUAGAAUCCGGCAAAGCCCGCAUCACCAACCCCGCCGAUCAUUUCGCAACCCAUCUCGGAAACCACAUCCUCGCCUCGCCUCUCCCCCUCCUCCCCAUCCCAAGCUACACGGCCCUCUACGCAGGCUCCCUCACGGCCCAGUCCUCCCACUUCGUCAUCCACCAACAUGACCACCCCGUCGCCGGCCUACACUACGACCUGCGCCUGCAAAUCAACCCCGCCAGCAGCGUCUCCUGGGCCAUAAUGUACGGCCCCCCAGGCGACCCCAACAGCGUCCGUCCCAAUCGCAACGCCACCGAGACACGGGUCCAUUCCCUCUGGAACCAUCUCGUCGAAACGGCAUCCCCGCAGACAGGCUCCCUACUCAUCUGGGACACGGGCACCUACACCGUUCUCCCAAGGAGGGCCAAGCACGCCCCAACAACGGACCCCUCGUCCCAAUCUAGUCCAGAGGACGAGCCGCGUCCGCAGCAAGAGUUACUACAGGAGGCAUUUCGCAACCGCAAAAUACGGCUUCAACUCCACGGAUCCAAGCUCCCAGAGACGUACGUCGUGAACCUGCGGCUCACGAAGCAGGACGACGCAGAGGGCAGGGCCAAGAGCAACAGGCAGCCAAGAGGCAAGCGCACAAGAGUCAAACAGGCCGACCCAGAGACGAGCUCGAAUUCCGACGUCAUCACAGAUGACGAGCACGACGAGCACGACGAGCAUGACGAGGCUGACGGAAAGCGUGUCCUCGCUCCAGGGUCCAGAGAAGUCGGGCAGGCGCAACACGUAUCCGCCCUAAAGGCCGAGCUGCAGGAGCUAGAAGACGCAGAGAUUCGACGAACGAAUGCCUACCCGGGCGCCUCAAACACCAUUGGCAGCAUCCACCAGAGGCGGUGGUAUCUCUCGCUGGACAGAAGAGCAUGCGGGUUCGAGCAACGGCUCCGGGGCCGCAGGGCAGUCUGGCAGUGCCCAUCUACGUCCGCCUCUACUUGUACGUCGGACGCAAAAGGCGGGACCGACGCUAUGCAGAGAUUAAGCUUCCCCUUCUACGUGCGAGGCGUCCUACACGAACGUAGUGUUGUGACUGCCCGAACGGGCGAGGAUGUCAUGCACGAUGAGGGUGUCCGAGAUUUCGUACGGAGAAAGGGCUGGCAGCCAGUGUUGAAUUAG